AUGGAAAAUAAGCCCAAGACUCCAUCGUCAUCGACCACCUCGACUGCACGAACGACGUCCUCAUCAGCCCCCUCAUCACAGCCCUCGGGAGGCUCCGUCACCUCCAAGGGCCAAAUUCACGUCAAACUCAUAUCUGCGCGCGGUCUCAGUGUCACAUCCGUUCAUGCAAGACCCUACGUUGUAGUCCAGUUCGAACAGAACGAGUUCGUCAGUCGCGAUCCCACCGACGAGAUGGAUAAGGAAGUCAAAGGGAUUGCCACAGCUUUAUCGAGAACCUCUUCUUCGAACGCUGUCGCCACAAUCGGCCCACAGCGAUCAGCCGGAAAGUCGAGUACUGAAUCUUCCCCAACCUCGUCCUUGCACUCCGGUCCAUCGUCAUCAUCCAAUCCACCCCACCCCACCCAGAGCCUUUUCGGGCGUCUCUCCGCCCACAAUCCCGUCUGGAAACACGAGGUUUCUUUCGAUGUCACCUCCGAAGACUCCGUCGUCACCUUCAAUGUCUAUGACCGUGUCUCUGACCACCAUUUCCUGGGUACCGUACAAAUAAAACCGGUACUUAUGAAUGACCACACCGGUGGACCAAUGAACGAGGUAGUUACCGGAGAGAUGCGUGUUCAGAUCACUUUCGAACAAUACAAGACCAAACGGGCGCUCAUCCCACGAGAUUUCGAGUUUCUAAAACUCAUCGGCCGGGGAACUUUCGGCAAGGUCUUCCAAGUCCGGAAAAGGGACACGAAACGUAUAUACGCAAUGAAGAUUUUGUCCAAGAAGGAAAUCAUCGCUAAGAAAGAGGUCGCUCACACCAUCGGCGAGCGCAAGAUCUUGCAGCGGUCAUUAGAGUCCCCAUUCCUCGUCGGUCUCAAGUUCAGCUUCCAGACUGACACUGAUCUCUACCUCGUCACCGACUUCAAGAGUGGUGGGGAACUCUUUUGGCAUCUUCAAAAGGAAACGCGCUUUUCGGAAGAGCGGGCCCGAUUCUAUGUCGCGGAGCUCGUGCUGGCCCUGGAACACUUGCACAAGUACAACAUUAUCUACCGGGACCUCAAGCCGGAGAACAUCCUUCUAGACGCUACAGGACACGUGGCGCUUUGCGAUUUUGGCUUGUCCAAGGCUGAUCUGCGAUCGGGAGAACUUACGACCACGUUCUGCGGCACGACGGAGUACCUUGCUCCCGAAGUGCUAUUGGACGAACAUGGAUAUAGCAAACUGGUUGAUUUUUGGUCACUGGGCGUCCUCUUAUUCGAAAUGUGUUGUGGAUGGAGUCCAUUUUAUGCCGAAGACACGCAGCAAAUGUACAAGAAUAUAUGUUUCGGCAAGAUAAGGUUCCCACGAAACGUUAUCAGUGAGGAGGGGAAGUUAUUUGUCAAAGGCCUUUUGAAUAGGAAUCCCAAGCAUCGCCUGGGCGCACAACGCGAUGCAGCAGAGCUCAAGGAACAUCCGUUCUUUGCUAGCAUUGACUGGAAAGCUCUUUCAAUGAAGCAAGUAACGCCACCCUUCAAACCCGUCGUUGAGUCAGACGAGUCCACGUCAAAUUUCGAUCCCGAAUUUACGACCGCAGAUAUACGGACCUUUGGGAUCGACACUGACGAAGACCGCAGUCCAGAUGAGGAAGACCCAAGCGACGACUGGACGCACACCGUAUCUGGUGUUCAGCCCCCUCACACACCCAACGGGCCUCUUGGUUGCGAGCGCCUAGAACAGCCGAACGGAGUGAACGGGCGUAGUCAGGGCAUUCAAAUAAAGAAAGCCAAGCAUCCUGACGUGGCGGGUACACCUCUCACGAGUAGCGUACAGGAGAACUUCCGUGGAUUCACGUAUUCGGGGGGAGAGAGUUUUGUUGUGCCGGCAGGAUUCUCGCGGGAAGAUGACGACGAGAGCGAAGAUGACGAAGGGGUGAAUGAGCCGACAACGGAAGACGAGUAUGAGGAUGAGAGUUUUGUUGGGCGGUAUUCCAGCCGGAGGAGGCUUGAGGACGGCAUCGCAGACUAA